AUGCCAGGAGCGCCCGCGAGUGACUCUUACACCAAGCAAAUUACAGACCUGCACCUGAGGUUAACAGGGAGCCUCGGGGGAGGUCUCCACUCCAGCGCUGCCCUGCUGGGCAUGCUCUUGGCGGCCGCGCUCUAUGGUGGCUGCGGGAUGGCUCCGGCGUUCGCCCGUUCUCCUUGCAGUGUAUGGGUGCUGGGCUGCUCUGAGGGUCUCGUCCUUCCUUACGCAUCUGGAACCAGAGUGGAUGCCAUGCUGUUUCCUCGUCACGAGAGGCAGAAAAUUCGCCUGGAGGGCUCUCGUCUUGGAGGACUUACAUACAAUCUUGGAGACGUGAGAGACGGUUCUCACAUCCGAUCCUGGUGGGAGGACUCUCUUGGAGGAUUCACAGCCUAG